GACCCGGAUUGUAAACAGCUUGCUGAGCGCACUGUAGCUGUACCGAGCUGUACACAUACAUAUUAAAGAGCGUUUCUGUAGAUGAAUUAGUGUUUUACUUUAUGAAUGCAUACACAAAAUCAGACUUGUUAUGAUGUUAUCCUGGCCCCUGUCUUAUGAAUAGUUCAGAUCCGAAGUGAUUGUUUACUUUAGGCACGAUGUGCCAUCAUAAACAGGUGUAUUUAUAAUGUUACUGCCAUUCAUGGCUAUGUAAUUUAACAUUACAGUUAUUAUUACUGUCUCAGCUUUACCUCUGCUUUACUGAAAAACAACCAAAGCAGGAUGAUCUCCCAGGUCUUCAUCUUGUCCUCACAGGGUGACCACCUCAUCUAUAAGGACUUCCGGGGAGAAGCCGGAACUGAUGCUGUCAAUAUUUUCUACGAGAAGGUUACCGUGCUGACUGGAGACCAGCCUCCUGUUGUCAUGAGUCACAAAGAUCUUCACUUCGUCCACGUCAGGCAAGGAGGGCUGUACUGGGUCGCCACAACCACAGCUGACUCCUCCCCCUUCACUGUAAUAGAGUUCCUCAACAGGCUAACCGCUCUGGUUAAAGAUUACUGCGGAAGCCUGUCCGAGAAAUCUGUCCAGAUGAACUUCGCCCUCAUCUACGAGCUGCUGGACGAGAUCGUGGACUAUGGUUACAUCCAGACCACCUCCUCUGAUGUCCUGAAGAACUUCAUCCAGACUGAAGCCGUCUCCUCCAGACCGUUCAGCCUGUUUGACCUCAGCAACGUCGGCCUGUUUGGAGCAGAGACACAGCAGAGUAAAGUGGCGCCAAGCUCUGCGGCCACCAGACCCAUCCAGUCCAGCAGAGAGCAGGGUGGAAAGAGCGAGAUAUUUGUGGACGUGAUUGAGAGGAUGUCAGUCGUCAUCGGCUCCAACGGAGUCGUGAUGAAGGCCGAUGUCGAGGGAGAGAUCAAAGUGAAGUGCUACAUGCCGAGCUGCUCAGAGAUGCGCAUCGGACUGAAUGAAGAGUUCAGCAUUGGAAAGUCACAGCUCAGAGGUUACGGGUCUUCAGUUCGAGUCGACGAGUGCAGUUUCCACCAGGCGGUUCGACUCGACGAGUUCGACAGCAACCGGAUCCUCCGACUGUGUCCCAGUCAGGGAGAGCAAACAGUGAUGCAGUACCAGGUGAAUGAUGAUCUGCCCUCAGCUCCUCCAUUCAGGCUCUUCCCAACCAUUGAGAGAGACAGCGGAGGAAGGCUGUUGAUGUACCUGAAGCUGCGCUGUGAUCUGCCACCAAAGAGCUCUGCCAUCAACGUGUGUGCAUCCAUCCCUGUCCCUAAAGGCUCCGUGAGUUUGUCUCAGGAGCUCAGCAGUCCGGAUCAGAGCGCAGAGCUGAAGGUGCAGAGUCGAGCUGUUGAGUGGAAGAUCUCUCGCUUCACGGGAGGAACACAACAGUCUGCACUGUUCAAGCUUGAGGUCCCCGGUCUCAGCUCUGCCUCCAUGUUGGAGAUCGGUCCGGUCGGUCUGAGCUUCGAGCUGCCAAAAAUCACCAUCACAGGGCUCCAGAUCCGCUUUCUCCGCCUGUCGCCUGUCCAGCCCGGCCCGUCGCAGCGCUGGGUCCGCUACGUCACACACUCCGACUCCUACAUCAUUCGUGUUUGACUCCAAAAUCUACGCUGAUAAUCUCAUCAGUUUCAUGAUGGAGCAGCAGAGAAAUCAUGUUUUACAGACUGAUGACAGACUGUAUGUAUUCUUUAUAAAUGGAAGAUUCAGUCUGUUUUUUUUUUUGGGGGGGGGGGGGGGCGGGGGCAGAGGGGCAGAGGGGCAGAGGGAGAAAGAUGUGCAGUUUCUGUGCAGAUGUGUAGCUCCUUCUAGGAUCGUCUGUUAUCUCCACCCUGUCAGCUACCCAUGUGGCAGUUGAGCUCAGUCUAUGGUAGCAUUGAUAGUUGUGAGGUAAGGACGUGACCGAUUAGCUAAGACUAGGAGUCUUUUCAAUCAAACCAGCACUCCACAAGGCUUAUUCACUUUAAAGCCUUCUUUAAAUGCAUGAUUAAUGAGGGAGAAAAUAUAUAUUUAAGAGUGCCGCUGACGCAGUCGCUUGCUUGUAAACUGUGUAACUAAGCUUGUAGAUUAGAUUUGCUCCGUCCGUCCAGCUCCUAAUCCCUCUAAAGGUCACUGGUCCUGUUUUGAGAGGAAUUAUACCUGGCUGUUAAACACACUUAAGAGUUGUUAGGUGACACUUUUGCUCCUGGUUUGGCCUCUUUGUGGGAUUUGUUUUCAAUGACAAAAUAAUUAAAACACCACCAGACUCAUGCUUUAAGAGUUUGGUUAACUUAAGGGGAAAUUAUCUCGUUCAUAUGUUUGUCUGUAAAUAAAUUUGAAGUCAUGUUUCUUCUUCAUAUAA